AUGGCUAUCAGUAUAUUCUUCGGCAGGCAGCGCCGCUUUGUUUCUCGCCGUUUGACCUAUGCCGCCCUUGUUUUCAUCGCUUUCAUCUAUUCUAUCAUUGCCGUUCUGUCUCCCAAUGCCGUGCCAGUCGCCGCUCCUGAAAAUGCCGCAAAGCAAGGUGCCUCGAACAAAAUCAAGAGUUCAGUGUCCGGUUUUCGUCACUCUUUAAACAAAGGCGUGACCGAACUGAAUCCAUUCAAAGGACCUUCCCAUGUUCCUCCGAUUCGUGCACAGGACUCAUUCCAAGGUACUUCGUGGUGGGCCGAUUGGAAAUGGCUGUCAGUUCCCCUCUCCAGCUCGCUCACACUUGACGAGGACAGAGCUCUUCUUCCCCCACUCCAUGACCGCUCUUUUGUUUACUGUUACUACGAUGCGACAAUCAAGAAGACAAAAGAAGAAAAGGAUGCCGAAAGCAAGUUACUCUUAACCUGGCGACGCGCUUGGUGGGCCCAGGGCUUCCGACCGACCAUUCUGGGACCCUCAGAAGCCAUGACAAAUCCAAAGUAUCAGGAACUACAAAGACUUGAGCUUCAGUCCGAGCUAAAGCAAGACCUACUAAGAUGGCUAGCUUGGGAGUCUAUGGGCACUGGCUUUCUUAUUGACCACACCUUAUUUCCAAUCGCGCACGCUCAGGAUCCUCUCUUGGUUUUUCUCAGAAGGGGCAAGUAUCCGGCUGUGACCAAAUGGAAAGGCCUCGGAGACUCUCUCAUCGUAGGGUCAAAGAAGGACAUCACCAAGACAAUUCGAAAACUCAUCGACACUCCUGCUAUCAAGACUGUCAAGAGCGUUUUCCAGGGAUCAACUAAGAAUGAUUUCAGGGUCGACAGAGCACAAAUUUCAUUGGCAAAUUACAGUCCAGAGGUCAUCGAAAAGCAAUAUCCCAAGGUUCACGAUAGCCUCACCAAUGGACGGGCUAAAGGUUUGGGCGCUCUUGACAGAUUAAUCAAUGCUCAUCUACAUGCCGCCUGGCAGAGUGGUUUCCCGGAUGGUAUCGAGGUUCUCAGCCCCUUUUCCGAACACACAUCUGAGAUGAUCACGCCCGCUCUUCAACUUGCUAAUCUACUCGCUUUUUGCCCCGACAAUCCCAUCCCAACGUCAUGUCCCCCGGGCAUUUUGAGAUGUACUCAGUGCGCUACCGGUACUAAAUCGAUGAAAGUCGUUAUUCCUGAGCAGUACCACAAUUCAACCAACGCAUUUGCGAUCGGUACUGUUCCCCACCCCUGGACCCUUGCCACCUUGACUAGUGGCAAGGAAAGGGUCGACGUGAGCUGGAUUCGUAAGAAGGCCCCUCGAGACCCUUGGCUUGAGACGAUCACCAAAGGUCUGUUAGGCUCGAGAGUCUCCAGCAAUUCACGCAUUAUGAGUUUCAAGCAAGCAGUGGCAGAUGAGCAAGCACCUACGUAUGCACUAUGGCUGACAGCUGAAGGUGGUAUUCCUGCUGAUCUGGAGUGGCAAUUUGGGUUCAGAAUUCCGAAGGCUUUGGGAGAGUCACGUAUUGUUGGCGACAGGAAAUCUGAAGAGAACCAAAAGCAAGAGGCAGUCAAAGUUGAGAAACAAGCAAAGGCGGAACGAGCAGAUAAGUUCGACACGGACACAAGACUGGGAAAACCUCAACCCCAGCAACAUGAUACAUCUCAGGAAAAGGGGGCGACCCCGCAAGAGAGGCAGAUCAGGGAAAGAGCCCUAUUGGAGCAUGCUAAGAAGGUCGUGGCCUUCAAGAAAUCGACCGUCGAAACUCGACUGCGUGCAUCGCUAGAGGCCUGGAAUUUGGCUGACACAGAGGCAUGGAAGUUUGCACGAGCUUUUCUUGCACGCCGUGGUCGUGAAAGAAUUGAGUGGGAGAAACAGGAAUCCAAGUACAGUGGCGGCUCAGGCUCGGAGAAAGGUCGCAACGCUUGGAAUCGUUGGACUGACUCGAAGCAACGGGAACGAGGGCGUCAGAGUGUGUGA